AACUAUUGACUGGUCCAGAAUUUAUUAUAAACAUUGGAGCUCAUCGACGGACCGACCUGAGGUAUAAACAACUGCAUCUUUUUUUAGCAUCUGCGCAUCGAUUUCCGCGAGUGUCCGUUAAUCAGCUGUAUUGAAGCACAAAUUCGUUUUGGGAAUUUUAUUUUAGGAUAGCCUCCUUUUUCUUCUUAAUUUUCGUUUUGCGGUCGCGUACCUAUUUUGACAACGGUGUCUGAUAGUUAUUAGUUGAGGUGUGAAAAUUGUGAGUUAGAGUUAACAUUGUUAUCAUUUAGUUGAGUAUGAGCACUGAAGAAAGCGAUACAUACGAGGAUAGCUUGGAAGAAAAAACUGUGUGCCGGGACUUCUUGAGUGACUGAUUUCUAUGGAAGUGAACCUCGAUCAUCCUGCGAACGAUGUGAUAUGAAGGUGUAGCAUCCUCUCAAACGCCCCAUCACAGCAAUGGACCAAAACUACACUCUACCAGAGGAUUGCGACCUGCCGGUUAUCCACAAUUAUACCAGCAUAUUCGGAUCAAUAGAUGUUCCAGAAUGGGAGGCCUACCUUACAAUUGUCACUCUAACUCUAAUAAUAUUUGUCACAAUCGUAGGAAACAUCCUAGUCAUACUAAGUGUUUUCACCUACAAACCUUUAAGAAUCGUUCAAAAUUUCUUUAUUGUCUCAUUGGCUGUAGCAGAUCUUACUGUAGCUAUACUUGUUAUGCCAUUAAAUGUUGUUUAUACGAUAUUGGGAAGGUGGGUCUUCGGAAUCCACAUUUGCAAGAUGUGGUUGACAUCUGACGUUCUUUGCUGUACUGCAUCGAUUCUAAAUUUGUGUGCUAUUGCUUUAGAUCGCUUUUGGGCCAUAACUGACCCUAUAAACUAUGCUCAAAAGAGGACUGUGAAGAGGGUACUUAGUCAAAUUGCUGGAGUGUGGAUAUUAUCACUUAUAAUCAGCUCGCCACCUCUUGUUGGUUGGAAUGAUUGGCCCAGCGCUGAAGAGUUUCAGAUCCAACAAACCUGUAAGCUAACUGAACGUAGAGGAUACGUUGUUUACUCCUCUUCUGGAUCGUUCUUCAUUCCUCUGGUUAUAAUGUCGAUAGUUUACUUAGAGAUAUUCAUAGCUACUAGAAGAAGACUAAGGGAGAGAGCAAAGGCAUCGAAACUCAACGCAGUGUCAAAGAUGAAGAAUCAAACUACAACAGCCAUGGAAAGCAAAGAGCUGAAUCCUGAUAGGGAAUCUGUUAGUAGCGAAACAAAUCACAACGAACACUUUGACGGAGAUGCAAGUAUCAAAAGCCAUCCCAAGAAAAGCAAGAAGAAGAAGAGAAAUGAAAAUUUCAAACCAACCAAUGAUGGCAGCUUGAAACCCAUACUAAUUCACGAGGAUUCUCUCACAGAUAAUCCUGAUUCUUCUUCUUCUCGUAAGAACUCUCACGUUUGCGAUUUUGUGACGCCCAAAGAAUCAACCCAGUUGACAGUCAUUGAGUGUUCACAGGUCAGUACUUCAAAAAAUUUCACGAAAAACACAGAACAAGAGGCAAAGAAACCGGGUGUUGUAUAUCAGUUCAUUGAAGAGAAACAGAAAAUUUCGCUUUCGAAGGAGAGAAGGGCUGCUAGAACCUUGGGAAUCAUCAUGGGAGUUUUUGUCUUCUGUUGGUUGCCAUUUUUUUUAAUGUAUGUUAUUGUUCCUUUCUGUGAUAGUUGUUGUCCGCCAUCGAAAAAAGUGGUUAAUUUUAUUACAUGGUUAGGUUAUAUAAAUUCAGUUCUGAAUCCGAUUAUUUAUACAAUUUUCAAUUUAGAAUAUAGGAGAGCAUUUAGGAAAUUACUUGGUCUGAAGUCAUAAUAUAGCUAGGGAUUCUUGAAAAGCCAUGAAUAUAGAUCCUCUGUGGUCUAAAGAAUAUAUUCCUGUGUCAUGUGCAGUCCCGAAUAUAAAUAUUCGGAGAAAAUCAAGGAGUUUUCAAUAGUUGAUUAUUUUUAAAGAGACCUGAUUGUUAGUAAUAGCCAUUUGACAUCAACUAUUGCAUGACAAAAAAUAAUUUUUAAGAUGAUGAAUCAAUGAAAAACAAGUCGAAUAUUCAUUUCACAUUCAAAAUAACAGAGAGACUAGGUAGAUCCAUCUAUUAUGCAGAGGAAUUAAGAAUAUAGGAGUAAUCAGAUAUUAUUGAAGAAACUUCUCAAUAUAGAUACAAUCAUUUAAUUCUGUUGCAUUG